AUGGUCCCAAUGCCUCUCCUCCUAAGAAGGCUGCCAUUUUGCAAGUCUACCACCCUUGCUCACCCUUACUGUCUGCACCCCAAUUUGAUCCAUCUCCCUUGUGCGGACAUCAUGGUCAACAACCUCUAUGGCCUCUUUUUUGUCGUUUCCACAUUUGGCCUUGAUUCCUUGUGCAUCGUCUUGUCCUACAUGAUGAUCCUCAAGACCGUGCUGAGCAUGGCCUCCAGGGAAGGCCGUCUCAAGGCCCUGAACACCUGCGUCUCCCACAUUUGUGCUGUCGUGCUCUAUUACUCUCCGAUGAUUGGUGUGUCCAUGGCACACAGGUUUGGGAAGCACAAUUCCCCUAUGCUGCCCUCACUGAUGGCCAACAUCUAUCUCCUCGUUCCUCCCAUUCUGAACCCCAUCAUCUACAGCAUCAAAACCAAAGAGAUCCGCAAAGCCCUGGGCAGGCUUUUUUCUCAGAAGUUCUGA